UGAGAUUUCUGGCAACGCCGCGUGGUAUGUUUCAACGGCCAAGGCGCGGUCACACUGGCGGAAAUUAUAAAAAUUAAUUAAAUUAACUUAAACGACCUAAAAAGCGAACUCAGCGACAGCUUUGAACGGCCACCGUUGGCGACAUGGAAGCGGAGCACCUGAAACGACUGGAGGCCAAGGAGGCGGACCACAUUCCCGCCAUCCUGGACGAAUUCAACACGAAGAAUGCGGAUCUGCUGGUCUUCGACAGCUUCCGCACGGACAACCUGUGGCACGAACUCUGGCUGGCCAUCUUCGGCAUAUUAGACGACCAGCGUCUUAGUCAUCUGCAUACGCAGUGCCUGAACACGGUGAGGAUUCUAACGCGUGACGAAUUCAGCCUGCAGACGAACUACAUCGAACAGGAGGUGAACACCCUGCUGAAGCUGGCCAGAAUUGAGGCCAGCUCCCUGAAGCUGCCAGCCACGCCGGACGAGCUCAAGCAGCAGGAACGCGAGGAGCCCCAGCUGGAGCCCAGCCAGGCCCAAUCGGAGGUAAUUGCCGAGGCACUCAAGUGCCUGUGCAACCUGGUGUACCAGAGCUCCGAUUGCAGGCGCCAGUGCCUGCGACAACACUGCCUGGACGCGAUUCUCAAGAGGGUGGCGUCCUCGAUGCGACAUCCCUGUGCGUUGGAGUAUUACGACAUGAAGCUCCUCUUUCUGCUCACUGCCUUGGAGCCGGCGGCCCGAUCUCGCCUACAAAUCGAUCUGAAUGGCCUCACCUACAUGACCAAGUGGCUGGACGACAAGCUGGGCGAAGAGUCCGUUGGCGAGGAGCAGCUGAACAUCAUCUGCGAGCUGCUCAAGGUGAUGUUCAACGUGACCAGUGCUCCGGACAAGAGCCCCAACGAGUACGAGAUCCAGAGCUUGCAUUUGACGGGUGUACUGAGGGAGCUGCUACUGCGAUUCGGCGACUUGGCCACCGACAAGGAUCGCGCCGUUGUCACACAUGCCAUCAAUCUGCUGACCAACAUCUCUGGCAGCUGCCUAACCGAACUCACCCUGCGCUGCUCCAAUGCCGAGUUGGAGUCGCACAAGGAAAAGGAGCAGGACAACGAGAAGGAAAAAGAUACAGAAGCGGGUGCCAGAGCCAAACCCCGUGAGUGCUGCUCCCAGUGCUUCGAAAAGCGUAAUGUCCGCAGUCUGGACGUGCUUCUCCGCUACCUACGUCAAUCUCUGGCCCAGCAGGAGGCCGAGGCCAGCUCGCAUGAGUUGCUUUCCCCAGUGCUGACUGUGUUGGUGAAAUGUGCCCGCAGCGAUCGGGUGAUGCGUCACUAUCUGCGCCAGGAAAUUCUGCCGCCGCUCCGGGACGUUAGCCAACGACCGGAGGUUGGUCAGGAGCUGCGCAAUCAUCUGUGCCGGUUCCUUACACUGCCCGCAAUGAUCCUGCGCGAUCUGUCCGCCGACCUGCUGUUCGUACUGUGCAAAGAAAAUGUCGGCAGGAUGAUCAAAUAUACGGGCUAUGGCAACGCAGCCGGGCUCUUUGCCAAGCGGGGCAUACUGGACUGCCGGCGAGUGGAGGGCACCGAUUACUCCUCCGACAGCGAGGACAGCGACACCGAGGAGUAUAAGCAGCAGCAGCAGGGCAUUAAUCCAGUUCUCGGAUGCGUGGAGCCGCGCAGUAAGUCGCAUCUGGACGACAUAAGCGAGGAGCAGAAGGAAUACGAGGCCAUGCAGCUGGUCAAUCUCAUUGAGCAGCUGCGUCAGGGCGGGAUCGUGAAGCCGGCGAUGAUUGACAAGGACGGGCGGCCGCAACCCCUGGAACACAUCCUCCAGCUGCAGGAGGAGCUGCCGCAGCAGCAGCUCGACCAAAAGCGGAAAACCUAAGCCAGAAAUGUAUUGCGGGAUCUGCUAUGGCACAACUUCCAAAUAGCUACCAAAUAAUCACCCUAAACUCUGCAUUUAUUCCAUAAGUUUACAGUCGAAUGUAGCUUCGAAUGUGUUCAAAAAGCAGAUUGGCUUGGGAUUGUUUUUUUUACAUAAUUUAUAUAUUUUAUAACACUUAUUCAAGAACAUCUCAUUAUAUCCUACAACUUG